AUGGUUUCGCCGGAUCCGACUGGUGCCAGGAACCGGGAGGAAAACAUGGUUCCGCCGAAUACUAAGCCAACCGAGACGAGGGACCGCCGAGGAAGCACUCCCGCGGAGAGCACCGGUGGCAUGGAUGCCGAGGCACCGACGUGCCGCAUCUGCUACCGCGGAACAGCCAGCGCCGGCGAGGAACAUGGACCGCUCGUGUCCCCUUGCUCUUGCCGGGGCUUAAUCGGCUUCGCCCACAAGCGCUGCCUGGAGACGUGGCUCCGCGAAAAGGAAACCAACCUGUGCGACGUCUGCCUGCAGCGCUUUUCCGUGCGCCUCAAGCCUGUGGAGAUUCCCUGCCCCGCUCUGCCAGGUGAGGCAGUGGAGCCCAGCGAGGUGCAUCGGAGUGCUCGGGUUGGUUGGCACGAGCACUGA